CUGUUGGAUGGAAACAAUUUUCUGUGUUUCCUCAAAGCCCUAAAACUUUGAUUUCAUCUUGAAAAUGAAAACACAGAGAAAUGCUUUGUCUUGGUUCUUCUUCAGUAACAUGAGUUGGAGGAGAAUAAGGACAGCAAGCUCUACUCCCAUUUCGCCCAAUUUUGCGUCAGGUACGGCUUCUUCAAAUCAUAAUAACUCAUCGGUUUCUAUGAAUCAAUCCAAAUUCAAAAAAAGCUGUAAUGAUUUAGACGAUGCCCUAAAGCUAUUCCAUCAAAUGGCUCAUACCAGGCCCUUGCCUUGUGUUAUUCACUUCAACAAACUGCUUUGUAGAAUUGUGAAAUUGAAGCGUUAUUCGGUAGUUGUUUCCCUCUUUCAAGAAAUGCGCAUUAUGGGUAUCCCAAUCAGUGUGCGUACCAUUAACAUUCUGGUGGAUGUGUACUGCCGCUCUAGUCGAGUAGAUUGCGGGUUUUGUCUACUUGGUGUGGUGUUCAAGUGUGGAUUUGAGUUUAAUGUGGUAACAUUCACCACUCUGAUCAAGGGUCUCUUUAUGGAUAAUAAGAUUGUUGAGGCUAUAGGGCUAUUCAAGAAGUUGGUGAGGGAAAAUGUGUACAAAGUUGAUCAAAUUACUUAUGGUACUGUUAUAAAUGGGCUUUGCAAGGCAGGUCAUACACAAAAUGCUCUUGAUUUACUUGUAGUAAUGCAAAAGGAGGGACCUAAGCCUGAUACUAUAGCCUAUAACACUGUAAUUGAUUCUCUAUGCAAAGACAGAAUGGUUGAUCAGGCUCUUGGCCUUCUCUCUGAGAUGAUUGAAAGAGGUGUUCCCCCGAAUAUCUUCACAUACACUUCACUGAUUCAAGGCCUUUGCAAUUUUAACCGAUGGAAAGAGGUUACGAAGGUAAUGAAUGAGAUGGUCCUACAUAAUGUAUAUCCAGGUGUCUAUAUUUUCAAUAUAUUAGCGGAUGCCCUCUGUAAGGAGGGGAAGUUGGAAAGUGCGGAAACUAUUAUUCAGAUCAUGAUUCAAAGGAACAUUUAUCCUGAUGUUGUCACAUACAACGCUCUUGUUGAGGGGUACUGUUUGCAAGGACGGAUGGAUGAAGUGAGGAAAGUUUUUGGUCGGAUGGUAGAAAGUGGCAUUCAACCUGAUGUUAUGACCUAUAACACAUUAAUUAAUGGAUACUGUAAAAUAAAAGAAGUGGAUGAAGCGAGGAAAGUUUUUGGUCGGAUGGUAGAAAGUGGCAUUCAACCUGAUGUUAUGACCUAUAACACAUUAAUUAAUGGAUACUGUAAAAUAAAAGAAAUGGAUGAGGCCGUGCAUCUGUUUUGUGAAAUUCCUCAUCCUAAUGUUGUUACGUAUAACACAAUGUUGCAGGGGUUAUUUCUGGUGGGUAGAUGUUCUGCUGCACUGGAACUUUUUCAGGAGAUGCUGGUUGCUGGACAUAAACCAAAUUUUUACACUUCAAAUGUCUUACUUAGUGGCUUGUGUUAUAAUGGACUUGUUGAAGAGGCGAUAUCGGUCUAUCAUAAGUUAGAUAGAAACGGAAAUGGUUCUCAUGUUUAUGAUAGAAUCGUAAUUGAUAGGGUCUGCAAGAUAGGACGGCUUAAUAUUGCACGUCAUGUAUUCAAUGGCCUCAUCUCUAAAGGGCGUCGCCUAGCUGUGAGUACAUACACUGCAAUGAUAAAUGGGCUUUGUCGAGAAGGAUUUUUAGAUGAAGCCUUAGAGUUGUUAAGGAAAAUGGAGAAGAAUGAUUGCUUACCUAAUGCUUGGACUUAUAAUGUUAUUUUGCAAGAAUUUGUUAGACAGAAAAAAUGUCAUGAGGCAAAUCUACUUUUAGAUGAAAUGGUUGGUAAGGGUAUUUCUCCAAAUGAACACACAUUGUUCUUCAUAAACAACUUAAUUGCACUUAAAAGUGGAGAUGAGAAAUUUGCAGCAAAUCAUGUAAAGUAACUACAUAUUUGGAAUCUUUUAGCUUCUCUGCUUGUUCAUGGAUUGCUACUUUUGGAGGAAUGUUUUCAGGGAUUUCACACAUUGUUAAGAAAUUCCAUUGUUGUCACACUGACACUGCAUAUAUUUCCCUUUCACUUAAUGUGUUUACCUCUCAGCUCAUCAAAACACUUGAGAUAUAGGUGCUCAAAUGAUGAUUUUCUUUUUCUCUUCUCUUUGCAUGCUUGCAGAGUUGCAGUGUUUUACCUGUUCGAAAUUAUGCACAACCCCCAUCAAAGUACUGUUGUUUGAAAUUGUUUAGGUACUUUUAAAUGAAUUGUUGUUGACAAUAUAAUUGUUUGUAUUGAAUAUUUUUGGACAUGCUAUUUUA